GGAUUGGGCGAGUCCAUUCCGUGUCUUGGUAGGAACGAUUGAUCUGCAUAUACCGUUACGCAGAAACGUGCGGCUAAGCACUCUCAAAAUGUUAAACAAAGAAUAUACUGUACCCUGUUGAACAUGCGAACGUUAUAUUUACUCUUAUGCAAUUAGCAUCACGUGAAGAAAUCGACGGAGACGUAACAACAAGUAGUUAUAUCGUGUCACAACCAUUAAUGACAAUCCUGAGAUAAUUAAAUUUAUGUACACCUAGCAAUAGUUCCAAAUUUCCCACCGAAACACUAUCACUGUACUGAAGACUUGGUUAAAUUGGACAUAAAUAAAUAAAAAAAACAACGUGAGCAAAAUCAGAAAAUCAGUUUCGUCAUGUAUUUGGGGUUGUCUGACAUGCACGCGAUGAUCUACUACAAGAGCUGGUGAACUAAAGAUAGUCGCUUGAAAGGAAACAGCUAAAAUGUCGGCUGCACAGGGUCCGAAUUACGCUAUGGAAAGCUGGGACGACGUGAAGAACAAAGUGGUGAAAAUCAAAUCGGACCUAGAAGCGACGAAAGAUGAGAAAUUCGAGUUACAAGACGAACUAAAGACGGUACGGGGACAGGCGGAGCAGGUAACAGUGAAGCAUGAGUACGGCAUUAGACAAAUCGACAGACUCGAGUACCAAGUCAACCAACUCCAAGGUGAAGUCCAUGAUCUUCGAAAUGACAAAAACCGAAUGUCCAGUGAACUUGACUGUCGCAAAGAGGAGAACGAGAAGUUAACCGCCCAAUUAGAGCUGGCGAAAGAUGCAAUGGCUGAGCUUCAGGAAGCCAACGACGAUAGGCGGCGACAACAACAACAGAUCAGCACCAUGACAACGGAACAGGAAGUGCUGCAGACGAGUUUAGAUCGAUCUAAUGAGGAGAGGGGCCGUCUUGAGGACAGUUUGGAAGAACUCCAGACAAAAUGUAAUGCAUUACAGCAGGAGUUAGACAAAUCGAAGGACGAUAUUGCUAGACUGCAAAGAGAGUUGGAGAUUGCAGAGACGGAGAGAGGCAAGCUAUGGGAGAGACUCGAGAAAGAACAAAAUCUUCAAGCCAAAAUGGUGGAUGACAUGAUGGCCACAGCGGAGGAGCUCUGUAACUUGUAAAACAUUCAAUGGUCAUAUUUCGGAACGGACUUACAACAUGUUCAAAAAAUGUAUCCAUUCUUUAUGUGCAAGCAUAGGCGUUUAUAAUUAUCUUAAUCACUAGGACGUGACGAAGAAAGAAUGUAAAUUAAAUGUGGAAAAUUUGGGCUUGAUAGGCGAUAUCUGUCUGCUGUAUAUUGAGUCUGAGCAUCAAAGAUAAAUGAAUUUAAUGAUA